UCUAGCAGUACUAAAUACCUGGAAUUUUCUACAUAAAACACCUUUCUUUUCUGCCACACCCUUUACCCUUGUAUAAAAAUUGUACCAUAAUUGGAAUCAUGUUUAUCCUUUCCCUUUUUUAAAGUAAUUAAAUAAUUCUCUCUCUUCCUCUCUCUCUAUUAUUAUCAACGUAAAUAGAGAAGGGAUAUCCCCAAAUAAUGAAUCAAAGAUAGCUGAGAGCAAAGAAAAAGAAGAUGGGAAGGGCACCUUGCUGUGACAAAGCAAACGUGAAGAAGGGUCCUUGGUCGCCAGAAGAAGACGCAAAACUCAAAUCCUACAUCGAAAAGCACGGAACCGGAGGCAACUGGAUCGCUUUGCCACAAAAGAUUGGUCUUAAACGAUGUGGCAAGAGUUGCCGUCUCAGAUGGCUAAACUAUCUCCGCCCUAACAUCAAGCACGGUGGCUUCUCAGAAGAAGAAGACAACAUCAUUUGCAGCCUCUAUAUUAGCAUUGGAAGCAGGUGGUCGGUCAUUGCAGCACAAUUGCCGGGAAGAACUGAUAAUGACAUAAAGAACUACUGGAACACGAGGCUGAAGAAGAAGCUUCUAGGGAAGCACCGUAAGGAACUUCAGGCACGUAAUAAAGGAAACAGUGUGGUUAAGCAGGAAAACAACAAUUCCUCACUCUUGCUUCAGGAAAACAGCGCUCAACUACAGCCAUGUUGGCCUGUGUUGCCACUUUCACCCUACACAAACCAAACUCCAAGUUUCAACGACCAAGACUCUAUCAGAAAACUACUAAUCAAGCUUGGAGGGAGAUUCUCCGGCGAUUAUCAACCCAUCCUUGAUGGGUUGAACAAUAUUCAGUUCUCACAACAAAUCCAAGAGGAGCAAGUCCAUGUUGGCUCUUCUGGGUGCAUGAACUCUAUUGGCAACAACAACCAAGUACAAUUUGGUCAGAGUAAUAAUGAGUACUGUGCUGAGUUGGUGCAAGGACAAGGCACUUUCACCGCAGCAAUUGGGGAAAUGGUUUCUACUAAUAACGAUUAUUCUCAAAGGUUAUUAGGUGGGUUGGAGUUCUUCUAUGGGGAGGAAAUGAUUACCGAUAAGAUAGUUAGUGGUUCUUCAAGUUGUGAGCAAAUUAGUACUAAUUGGGGUGAGACAAGUUCUUUGAUGUAUCCUCCUCUUGUUGCUUCGAAUUACGAGGGUGUGAGGCAAGAGAUGCCACGAGAUUGUGCUUUUCAAGAGUUGAGCUACCUGGGGGCGCCGCAAUAGAAUAUGCAUGUGUACAUUAUUUGUUAUCGAUUGGUGGAAGUUGGAAUUAUCUGUAUCCAAUUGAAGCUGGCAAAAGGGAAGCUUGUAUUUGAUUCCCAUAUAAAUAAUAAAAUCAGCUAGAGUUACAUAUAACUAGCGAUAUGUAUGUAUGUUCUCUGAGACUUUCUCAUGUGCUGAUCCGUUAGUGCCAGUGCAGUUUAUCUGAUUUGUUUGUGUAUUAUUUGGAAGUAA